GCGCACCGCCGCGGAUCACGUUUUUCCGCCGCCGCCGCCGCCGCCGAACAGGGUCGUCGUCGAGCACUCGCCAUUCAGUCGUACGCGGUCGCCGCCCGCGUGUACUCGUGUGCAAUUGUCGUCGCCGUCUCGGUGUGCCCGAAGCCCCUCUGACACUUCGCGCCUAUCGCCGCACACGUCGUCCCGGGACGGGUAAAAUCACGACACGACCACCGACGACAGAGGUUUAUUUAGAAAAUAAAAAAAAAAUUAAUUAAUUUUGAAAAAAGCUCGUCCGGAUUGCGUACCGCGGGCUACCUCCGCGUCAGUCGUCUAUAGCACGCGCGUUUCGCGAGUCGUCGUGUCCUCUCACGUGCUCGCACGCCGCCACAUAAUCGAACACGUUAUUACUGCCGGCACGUCGAUUUCGUAUUGACAUCCCAAUUUCGUGUCCGUCAAUCAGUCGCACUCCAGUCUCAACCCUCUCCACGAGUAGCCGAACUUUAAGCCGGGCUGCUACAUCCCGCCGCUCGUCGUUCUUCUUCCUAUUCUGGACACCGGCAACAAGACUCGAGAUUUAUGGGAACCUGGACGCUAAAAUCAGAGAAAGAUGGUGAUACGGAUGAUGGAGAAGUGGGCUCUUUAAGCUGUUAUAACUCCGCGGAACUUCUUGGAGUGCCAGCAAGGAUGCCUCACCACUAUGGCCCUGAAGCUCCAAUGCAAUUUCGACCUGAACAACGUCUAACUAGAGAUGCAAUGGAGAGAUAUUUACGAGAUCGUAAUGAUUUAGUGUUGGUUAUUCUUCAUGCUAAGGUAGCUCAGAAAUCGUACGGUAAUGAAAAACGAUUUUUUUGUCCACCCCCUUGCAUAUACUUAUUUGGCGAUGGUUGGAGACUUCGACAAGAACAAUUGUUAAGAGAAGGGGUGUCUGAAGCUAAUUCUCAGAUGAGCGCCUUUAUUGGUAUUGGAAGCACUGAUCAAGAGUUGCAGCCACUCGAUCUUAAUAACGGAAAGCAAUAUUGUGCUGCCAAAACGUUGUUUAUUUCAGAUUCAGAUAAGCGAAAACAUUUUAUGUUAAUGGUUAGAAUGUUUUAUAAUAUUGGUUAUGACAUUGGUACAUUCCAUAGUAAACGAAUAAAGGUUAUAUCGAAACCGUCAAAGAAAAAACAAUCGUUAAAAAAUGCCGAUUUAUGUAUAGCAAGUGGAACAAAAGUAGCGUUGUUCAAUAGGUUAAGGUCCCAAACAGUCAGUACACGUUAUUUGCACGUUGAAAAGGGUAAUUUUCAUGCUAGCUCGACGCAAUGGGGUGCAUUUACUAUUCACUUAUUAGAUGAUGAUGAAAGUGAAAGUGAAGAAUUUAAUGUUAGAGAUGGAUAUGUUCAUUAUGGUAGUACUAUCAAGCUAGUCUGUAGUGUCACUGGUAUGGCAUUGCCUCGACUUAUAAUAAGGAAAGUCGAUAAGCAGAUGGCCCUUCUAGAAGCUGAUGAUCCAGUGUCCCAAUUGCAUAAGUGUGCGUUUUACAUGAAAGAUACGGAGCAUAUGUAUUUAUGUUUAUCCCAAGAGCGUAUAAUUCAGUUUCAAGCAACACCUUGUCCCAAGGAACCCAAUAAAGAAAUGAUUAACGACGGUGCCUGCUGGACGAUUAUAAGCACGGACAAGGCCGAGUAUCAGUUUUACGAAGGUAUGGGUCCCGUAAACUCACCAAUAACACCUGUUCCAGUCGUUCACAGUUUGAACUUGAACGGCGGUGGUGAUGUGGCUAUGUUAGAAUUGACCGGAGAAAAUUUUACACCUCACCUACAAGUAUGGUUUGGUGAUGUUGAAUCCGAAACAAUGUACCGCUGCCAGGAGAGUAUGCUUGCCGUUGUACCAGACAUAUCCUCAUUUAGGGGUGAUUGGCUGUGGGUCAGACAGCCAACCCAAGUACCAGUAUCUCUAGUAAGAAAUGAUGGUAUCAUUUACGCCACAGGACUGACAUUUACAUACACGCCAGAAUCUGGACCCAGGAAUCACAUCCAACCCACAGAUGACAUUAUGCGAGCGCCACAUCCUCAUAAUAGGUUACAGCCAGCCAUAAAUGAUGUUCCGUGGAACCAACAUUCCAAUAUUAAAGAUUAUCAAUGAUGAAGAAUAGCAUGAUUUGGAAUCAAUAAAAAAUACUUCGAUGAAGUAUUGUUAUGAAUUAAAAAUGUGAGAAACGUGUAUUGGAAAUUGUUUAUAAAUUUUCUUUGCAUUUUAAGUGGUAUGGAUAAAUAAUAAUUUAUAAACACUCUAAUGAUGGUACAAUACUGUAACAUUUUGACAUAAAUCCAUGCAGUUUCUAAACAAUCACAUAAAAAUAAAAUGAGAAAAUGAGAAUAUCUAAUGUAAACGUUUUUGUCGUCUCUUAAACGAUGAUAGUUAUUCAUUUUAGUUGUUCAAUUUCAUGGAGAAAAUAUGUCAAAGUGUAGACAGUAGGUGGUAAUUAUAUUUAUAGUUGAAUUCUAAUCAAUAAGUUUAUUUUUAUUUGUAUUGUAAUUUUUAGUUGCACAUAAUUGUUUGCAAGUUAGUUCCUUUUAAUUAUUUUGUACGAUUGUUCUUGUAAACGAUUUUUUCCGUCCGUUUGAUUGGCUAAACAAACGAAUUUCUUACUUGAGUCCAAGAUCAUAAUUGUUGGCAUAUUAUUGAACGCUACACCUGUUCUGUUAUUAUAUGAUUGUGCAAUGUCAUUAAGAUAUGUUUUGGGAGAACCAUUAUAGAUACAGCACGUUACUGCAUAUUUUAAAGUUUAAAUUAUACAUUUGUAAUUUGGUGUGUGGAUCUCACAAUAUAAUAUCUUGAAUUUCAAAAGUGAAUCAAUUACUAUGCAAUAUUUAUCUCGGUCUUAGCUCCCGUUACAAACGGUUUUGAUUUUAAUGACUUACCUUAAUUAUCUAUAAGCUUCUCACGAAAUUACUAGUUACUGACAUAAAUUAGUCUUGUCUACAAAUCGACAAGAGUAAGAACAAGUUUGAUAGUUAAUUGAAGUUGUUAACAGCUUUCAAUUUUAAGUCAAAUAAAUGUUACAAAACAUAUAAUUAUAAAACGAUCAAUACAACAAAUUAAAAAUAAUGACUUUCGUAUCUAAAAAUUAAAAAGAGAAAAAAGUAAUUACUUUACUAUUGAAAUUCGUGACUCUUUUAAUUUGUAGUAUUUUUAGUAAGUUUAUUUUUUAAGUAUAGAAAAGCAAAAUGCAUAUUCUAAGGUGCUUUAAAUUAUGUGCUAAAAAACAAUAUUAUUGUGCAAUGGUCAAUGAUAAUUUGUUUCCAAAUCCGUUUUUGUAGUUUAAAUUUUGGUAUUGUAUAAUACAAAUUAAAUUUAUUUUUUUUAUCAUUAAGAUUAUUGUAGUUAAAAGUGCGUGAUAGAUAAUGGUAUAAUAUAAUUUGAAAACGGUAAUAUUACAAAAUCUGAUCACUGUGAAUUAAUAUUAUUAUUUUUAGUAUUAUUAAUUUGUGAUGAAAAAACUUAUUUUUAACACACGUCGUAAUCUUGAAAUAAUCCGUUUAUUUUCUCGUACAUCACGUGUAGCACCUACUUGCUACAAAAUUUUGUACCGAUGUGUUUUAUUUAUUUUAAUUAUUUUAUUACUUAUAUAUUAUAUAUGAUACGUAUGUAAUACUUAUUGCUGUACCUGUACUUGACUGAUUUUAUAAACAAAACGUAGUGUUUUUAUUUUAUUUUUUACUUUUAACCUGUUAUAACUAAAACUCGGUUGAUUUAAUUACUAGUUUUGCCGCCAUUCAUGCCAAACACUUGAUGACUAUAAUUUAUUACUGUGUAAUUGUAUUUUAUAUAAUGUAACUAUAAGACAGUAAUACCAAAGAAAAUUUAGUUUGUAAUGGUUGUGAUCGAUAUUUUAGAGCAUUUAUUUUGUUAUUCUUGUAUAGCUUUCUUCCAGUAGAUAUUUUCAUGAGAAUUCUGUCGUCUAUAAACACACACAUAUAUAUAUAUAUAUAUAUAUAUAUUAUAUUUAUUGUAUUUUAUUUCUUCGGUG